AUGUCGGAGACCGCGAGCGUCCCGGAGAAUCGCAUUCUCCAAUAUCUCCAAGAUUUGACCACAAGCAAAAAAGGUCUUCCUUUCGGUCAGCCCGUCGCCGUGCUUGCUUCGGACUCGGUAACGGAUACCGCAGCUCUGGUCAAAUUAGCCUCAGAGCUCGGCCCACACAUCGCAGUUUUCCAGGUCCAGGCGGAAAUCAUCGACGAUUGGUCCGAUAACACGAUCGAGCAGUUGACAUACUACGCCAAAAAACAUGGAUUCAUUCUGUGGGAAGGCAGUCGCGUGUUGAAUUGUACCGUGAACUUUAUGGGCCGCGGCAGUGCCGACUUCCAAACACGAAUGGUCGCUGCGGACUUUACCAAGCGCAAAUAUACACAUGGCACCGUCAAGAUCGCGCAAUGGUCAAACCUGGCGAGCUCAUGGGCACCGGGCGUGCCCCUGAACGAACAGGAGAUGGACUUAUUGAUCCCCACACUGCGUAAGGCAGCUCGUGAGGCCGUGGCGACCACGGUGAAAACAAUCGAGACGGAAAUCUCGGCAGCAAACGGAGAGGUGCAUCAUGAAGAAGUCGAGACUCCCACCUCCCCACCAAGUAGCAAUGGGUGGCUCGAGUUUAGCUCCGAGAAUUUUGGCUCUGCCCUGCGGAAGUCGUCGACCAUCUCGGUAACAGAAUCGGUUACCCUACAACCCCAUGUCGAGCCCGAUGAGGGUGUCCCCUCCCCACCUCUGCUAUCACGCGGACUCGCUCUCUGCUUGCCAAGCGCCAUCGAUUCCGCGUUUACACCCGAAUUCCGACAAAGCACAGUCAUGGCAGCAUGUGCAAAUCAUGACUUCGUGGUCGGGUUCUACACCUGCGAACCUUUGUUUACAACCUACACGCGUGACUAUCUGUUUGACCUGGCCUUCCAAGAUAGCAAUGGCCAUUCGCCCCAAAUUGGCCGGGACACUCUCGAAGCGAUUCCUUAUCUUGAGAACAAACAUUCGUUUGCAUUGUUCUCGCUUGUUCCCACGACGCUAUUGUCCGGUUUCGAAUCAGAUCCGAUUCACAGUAUUAAUGGAAGUUCGGCCGACAAUGAAACGCCCAAGAGCGUGGCCCAGUUGUUCUAUGUGAUUGACCAAGCUUUGAAAUCACGAAACGCCCAUCGCAAGGAGCAAUCAGGUAGCCCUUUACAGGAUGCCUUGAUUUCAGUCGGUCCUCGCGUUUUCCACGUGCCACUGGUCAUUCUCCCUUGA